GAGGAAGCCGGAGUCCCCGGUGAAAACCCACGCAUGCACGGGGAGAACAUACUGAAGACAAAUUACAUGGAUCACAAAAGACAAUAGUUAUAGCUCAGUUAUCUUUCAUUUUUUAAUGCAUUUUAUGCUCUCAGGAGGAUUUGACAUCCUAACCUCUUGGUAUACCCAAACUUGCCCCCCCGAUAUUCUGUUUGCACCCCCAACUGGGGCUGGCUAGAUCCGGCCCUGAAAAUAUGUAUUAUUAUAUUGAUAAAUUCAAUAUUUCAAAUAAUUUUACUCACCAAAACAUUCCUUGGUUUGACCAGAUUUGUCAAAUCGGGUUGGGGUUGGACAGAUCCAUACUGAUGCUGCUGUUCUGCACUUACAGAUAUGGAUAACAAGGCGCUGGAACCGGAUUCAGCUAAUGUCCCCAUAGAGGGGGCAAUCACCUGUAAUGGGGGUGGCCACCCUCCACUACAGCCAGAGCCUUCGAUGGGGCUCAACCUGAAGAGGAUGCAGAAGCAUUUUGUUGCUGCGCCGCACUUCUCCCACUUACCUCAACGCUCUUCUGUGGACCUCGAGUUCAUCAACGUCUCCUACAGUGUCCAGGAGGGCUGGUGGUGGAGGAGGACAGGUUUCAGAGUAUUACUGAAAGCUCUCUCUGGAAGGUUCUGCAGCGGGGAGCUGAUAGGAAUAAUGGGACCCUCCGGAGCCGGAAAGUCCACCUUAAUGCAUCUUCUUGCUGGGUACAGAGAAACUGGAAUGAAGGGUCAGAUCCUUGUAAACGGAAAACCACGAGAUCUGAGAACAUUCAGGAAAAUGUCCUGCUACAUCAUGCAGGAGGACGUACUGCUGCCUCACCUCACAGCUGCAGAGGCCAUGAUGGUGUCAGCCAACCUGAAGCUGAACGAGAGCAUGGACGUGAAGAAAGAACUGGUCAAAGAGAUCCUGACUGCCCUGGGACUCCUGGACUGUGCUCACACUCGCACCAGCUCGCUGUCUGGUGGUCAGUGCAAACGUCUGGCUAUUGCCCUGGAGCUGGUCAAUAACCCUCCAGUCAUGUUCUUUGACGAGCCCACCAGUGGUUUGGACAGUGUGUCCUGCAACCAGGUGGUGUCCUUAAUGCGCUCUCUGGCUCUGGGGGGACGAACAAUCAUCUGUACCAUUCACCAACCCAGUGCUAAGCUGUUUGAGAUGUUUGACAAGCUUUACAUCCUUAGUCAGGGUCAUUGCAUCUACAGAGGCUCGGUACAGUACCUCAUUCCCUACCUCAAGACUCUUGGUCUGCACUGUCCCACCUACCACAACCCAGCAGACUUCAUCAUUGAGGUGGCAUCAGGAGAACACGGAGACGUGAACUCUGUGCUGUUUGAGGCGGUUCAAGAUGGAAUGUGUGCACUGGAGGAGAAGAUGCUCCACUGUGACUACGACAGCACAUCAGUUUGCACAAUCAAGUGCUCCAUGGACACUGGGCACACGCAGAUGCACACCUUUGCCACAGGUACCCUCACACAGUUCCGGAUCCUCUUCAAGAGAACUCUCAUCACCAUUUGUCGGGAUCAGGUGUUAACCCACCUCAGACUGCUGUCCCACAUCUGCAUAGGUGUGUUGAUAGGUUUGCUGUAUCUAAACAUUGGCAAUGAUGCCACCAGGGUGUUUAACAACGCUGGAUUUCUCUUCUUCUCCAUGCUCUUCCUCAUGUUUGGAGCUCUCAUGCCAACUGUGUUAACCUUUCCUCUGGAGACAACAGUGUUUCUCAGGGAGCAUCUUAACUACUGGUACAGUCUGAAAGCCUACUACCUGGCCAAAACCAUGGCUGACAUCCCUUUCCAGGUGAUCUGCCCCAUCAUGUACUGCACCAUUGUGUACUGGAUGACAGAGCAGCCCCCUGAGGCUUUGCGCUACCUCCUCUUCAUAGCCCUGUCAGUCUGCAUCGCCCUGGUGGCCCAGUCGCUUGGUUUGCUUGUGGGCGCUGCCUCCACAUCCCUUCAGGUAGCAACAUUUGUGGGGCCGGUCACUGCCGUCCCUGUGUUGCUGUUCUCUGGAUUCUUUGUCAACUUUGACACAAUCCCCAAGUAUCUUCAGUGGAUCUCCCAUGGGUCCUAUGUCAGGUAUGGCUUUGAAGGCGUGAUCCUGUCAAUCUACAGCAUGAACCGCUCAGACCUUGAGUGUCCAGGAAAUGCGUGCAAGUUCCAGCAGCCUGAAGAGGUCCUGGAGCUCCUAGACGUAAAGGAAGCAAAGCUUCACAAAGAUUUCAUUGUCCUUGGUGUAUUCUUUGUCGUCCUGCGUCUGGCUACUUACCUCGUCCUGCGCUACAGGGUUAACUCUGAGAGAUAGCUGUUCCUCUUUCCUCAGUUCAGACUGCAGGAGCUCAUGUUGGAGUCCACCUCCUCCCGUUUCAUUGCUGCUACAUGGACAGAACCCAAACAUUUCCUGUGUUCGUUAGCCAUUACCUGUGGGAGUAAUUGUGAGUCAACUCACACAGCUUUACCUCAUCUAAAUGUAGGCAAGAAUCUAGACUGAACAGCCCUCAUCAAACUAUUUUUGACUGAAGUUCCACAGCUUUGGUCUCCAGAACUGUUUUACCCAUCAGAAAACAUUUGCAUGACAAGACACAAGGUGUAGAAAUACACCCAAUCAGACUGGACAUGUUUGGUUUGCCUAAAGUGAACCAGUUUGUUUCCCCCGAUAAUCUGGAACAAAUUUUCAGUCUGAAUUCAUCCAAAGGGAUCUUGGUCCAAGACCAUGAACUGGUCUUGGACUCAUCUUUGGAAGUGAUUGCGGUUCGUUUCCAAUUGGACUGAGUUCCAAUUCACUCAGAGUUUUUUUUCCGUCUGAAAAGGCUCUGUGCUCAAGCAGAACAACUGAACCAACGCAGUUACCGUAGCUGGGCAUUAUGAGGAGGGAAACAGAGAGCAACGAUGAGACAGCAGCUAAAUGAAAUGCGGUGGGAAGAAUAUCGGCUCAUUAAAACAACUUUUAGCAUGAUACACAUUGCUUCUCACACUGUUUUCCAACAAUCCACAUCAGCGUGUCUAUGAUAUAUAGAUUGUUGGGAAAACUGCGUGAGAAUCCAUGUGUCAGCUUAUAUAGGGCUGCACGGUGGCGCAGUGGUUAGCACCUUUGUCUCACAGCAAGAAGGCCCCUAUCAAGACUCCAAAAACAUGCUUCAGUGGUUACUGUAAUUUUCCCCGGGUGUGUGUGAUUGUGACCCUGCAACAGACUGACGACCUGUCCAGGGUGUAUCCUGCUUUCUCCCAGGAGUGGCGAGGUUAGGCUGCGGCAGCCCCUUGACCCCAAGAUGAAAAAAACGGGCUUAGAAAAUGGAUGGAUUGACUUAUUCAAUUCAAUUGAAUUUCAAUUCAAUUUUAUUUAUAUAGCCAAAAUC